CUUGAUUUUCAUCAAAAUUAUACACUAUCUUCAUUUGAGGCAAAAGCUUUGGGAACAUACAACUUCUUGGAGUAAGAAACUUUGCACAAACGAUUCCAUAGCAAUUAGAGUAUUGAAAUCUUGAAGUCAUCACUUUCUAUCUUCUGAAUUAAUUCCAAAGAGACAAAGAGGAUAUGGAAGAAAGAACUGAGAUGGAUAAUAUCAAGGUUGAUGAUUUGAUGCCUGGUUUUCGUUUUCAUCCCACUGAUGAAGAACUUGUUGCUUUUUAUCUCAAGAGAAAAGUUCAACAAAAAUCUCUUCCUAUUGAACUUAUUAAGCAAGUUGAUAUUUACAAAUAUGAUCCAUGGGACCUUCCAAAGCUUGCAAGUAGUGGUGAGAAAGAAUGGUAUUUUUAUUGUCCAAGGGACAGAAAAUACAGAAACAGUUCAAGGCCUAAUAGGGUUACAAGAGCUGGAUUUUGGAAGGCCACAGGAACUGAUAGACCUAUUUAUUCAUCUGAUGGAAAAUGCAUUGGUUUGAAGAAAUCACUUGUUUUCUAUAAAGGUAGAGCUGCCAAAGGCACCAAAACUGAUUGGAUGAUGCAUGAGUUUAGGUUACCUUCCAUUUCCAUUUCAGAUUCUUCAACCUCUCCUCCCAAAAAAUUCUCUGACAAAAGUUUCUCUCCAAAUGAUUCAUGGGCAAUUUGUAGGAUUUUCAAGAAAACAAAUUCUCUUUCCAUGGUGCAAAAAGCAUUAUCUCAUCCUUGGAUCUCUCAAUUACCGGGAAACAUGGUAUCUGAAUUACUCACACAAACUACAAACAUCAAUCAAUUCUAUUCACAAAAUAAUAUCUCAGGUACAAUAGAACAAGCAUCAUCAGCCACAACAAACGUACAAAUCAACGAGCGUGAGCUACAACAAGUCACCAACACCAACUUCUCAGCUUCAGAUUUUCCAACAUACAAACCUAUCAACAACAUUAACACAAUUUCCAAGUCCUCACAAAUUUCUCUUCCUAAUGGAGACAUUGUUGAUAACCUAAUGUUCUACAAUCUUGAAGCCAAUGGUUCAACAAAGUGCACAAUUGAUAAUGAUUGUUCAAUUCUUUCAAACACAAACUAUAUUGCUUUUGAAGACACAAACAAUCCAUAUAAUGGAUUCUCAAUAAGUCUACCUGAAGAUAUGCAACAACCAAACAUUCAAGAUCAAAUGCAGCUUAAUAAUCAAUGGGAAAAUCUAGGAAGAACAAUUGAAUUUCCCUUCAAUUUGUCUCCAAAUUUUGAUGCUUUGAGGACUAAUGUUACAUGGGACAUACCACCUUGUACUAGUGAAAUUUCCACAACUUAUGUCACUAGUAAAUGUUACACUUAGGAUAUGUUUGGAUUUAUGUGUCAAAUUAAUUAGGUGAUGGUUAUAGCAAGCUAUAGUUAUAGUGUGGUUAAUUAUCAAUUUUUAACAAUUAGUAUAUUUACCAAUAAAAUCAUUACCAUUUUAAUUGGUUGUGAUUUUACUUGUAAAUGUACAUGUUUUAUUGUGUAUUUAUAUGUAUAAUAGGUUAUUGCAUUGUAUAAGAUAAGGUCAUGUAUAGAGAAAAAUAGAUUAAA